AUGUUGAAUUUUCGGCGGCAAAAAUCCCGAUCAUCUGAAAGGGAGCAUGUUAUUGUGAAACCUUUCAAAACUAUCGAAGUCCGACUUCCCAUUGAGGUGCUGAUGUCCCAGCCAAAGUAUAAGAAACGAAGGGAUCUGUUCCUCCAAGGUUUUUCCGCAGUUCAACAGCGUAAUGCUGAUGAUCCUACAUCCUUUUAUGCGGUUGCCGGUAUCCAUGGUCUCCCAUACUUACCUUAUGACAUAUUACCUGGGGAAAAGGAACCGCUCACUGACUACAAAGGAGAAAAAAAUCGUUGGGGUGGAUAUUGUCACCAUGGUGAUAUUCUGUUUCCAACUUGGCAUCGUCCAUAUAUUUUAUUACUCGAAAUGCUUAUACAUGACGCGGCUGAAGAAAUGAUACGAGACAAUCCAGACUUAUAUCCUCCUGAUAAUAAUGAAACGAAGGAAUACACAAAAGAACUUGAGAAAUUGCGAUUUCCAUACUGGGAUUGGGCUAGCCCAUCUACCAUCUUUCAAGGAUUACCUUCGGUUUUAUUCGAUGAAUAUGUUCAUGUUGAUAAUCCAACCUUACAAAAUAUUAAGAUUCGAAAUCCCCUACGUGCAUAUACUUUACCGGUAAAUCUUGGAAGUCUAACACUUGUCGGUGACGUAUCUAACCCAACACAAAGACCUUAUCAUCCAGACGGGUCUGUGACACCCUAUACGCCAGCAGGUUAUGCAACGGUCAGACACCCAAGUAACAAAUACAUUACCGAUGAGGACGCCACCCACCUCAACGUCGUAACUUUCUGCAACUCUGUUUUUCGUCCAUCUCUUUACCAAACUUUCCUGGUUGAUAAAUGGCGUCACUUCAGUAAUCAUGGUGUUCAUCCAGACCAGGAAGAUGAAAAGAAUGGACAUUAUUCAUCAAUUGAAAUCGCUCAUGAUGCAGUUCACGAAGCGAUUGGUGGAAAUGGUGGUCAUAUGGCAUACCCUGACAUUUCUGCUUUUGAUCCCAUCUUCUUCCUUCAUCACUGUAAUGUGGAUCGCUUGCUGGCUAUUUGGCAGGCUUGUCACCCCGAUGCUUGGAUCGAAGGAUAUGAAUUUAGUGCUGGCACUUUUACCGAUGAUCCUAAUAAAAAAAUCAAUGAAAAUACCAACCUUACUCCAUUUCGUAAAACAGCGGAUGAAUAUUGGACCUCAAAAACAGUCAGAGAAAUUAUGAAGCUUGGAUACACGUAUCCUGAACUUCCUGAGGGCAAUGAAAUCUCACCACACCAACUUUUAGUUGAGACAAUAAAAUAUUAUCAUCCCAAUGAAUAUUUGCGAUACCAUUGGAAGCUCAACUUAACCGUUAAGAAACAUAAAGUUGGCUCACCAUUUCAAAUUCGAGUAUUUCUUGACUUGCCAACAGCAAGCGCGUCAACUCCUAAAAGUAGCCCCAAUUUUGCCGGACUCGUAUCAGUCUUUGCUCGUGGUAAAGAAACUCGAUGUGCCAAUUGUAAGGUUAAUCCCGAAUCAUUGGUGAAUGGCCAUGUUGAUCUCACCGUCUGCAUGCAAAGGCUUUUUAUUAAUUUGAAUGUGAAAAUAGAAGAUGACGGUAGCGUUCUUCCUAACUUGUUGCCCAAUCAGAUUACUCUCAUAGCUGUUGGUAAGGAUGGAAGCGACAUGAAACUUGAAGAAGCCGGUUUGGUUUCCGCGAAUUAUGUAGCAAUUGAUGAGUUUAAUAACGAACAACCAGAGCAAUGGAAGGUGGUUUAUAAGAAUAAGAUAUAUCCUAAGACUCCUUAA